AUGGGCUCUAUAGAGGAAUUACCCAGUCUUUCUGACCAGAGCGACAGCUCUUACGUCUAUGGCUCCCGAUUCGCCGCCAUGCCUAUGCCAUCGCAUAGACUUCCCGAUGGAGAGAUGCCAAAAGAGGUGGCGUACCAGUUGAUCAAAGACGACUUGGCCCUGGAUGGUCAGCCGAUCUUGAACCUCGCCAGUUUUGUGACCACGUACAUGGAAGAUGAAGCCCUCAAACUACUCGCCGAAUCAUCAAACAAGAACGUCAUCGACCACGAAGAGUACCCCAAAUCCGUCGAAAUCGAACAUCGCUGUAUAAACAUCCUCGCCGACCUGUUCCACUCCCCAAUCUCCAACGGAACCCCAACCGCCUUUGGCACAUCAUGUAUCGGAUCUUCCGAAGCCAUCAUGCUCGCAGUCCUGGCCAUGAAGAAGCGCUGGCAAAUCAACCGCACAGUCCAAGGGAAAGAUGCCUCCAACCCAAACAUCAUCAUGAGUACCGGUGUACAAGUCUGCUGGGAAAAGGCAGCCAAAUACUUCGAUAUCGCCGAGAAGCUAGUCCCAUGUACCGACGAGCGAUACGUGAUUGACCCAGUUCAAGCAGUCGACAUGGUCGACGAGAACACCAUCGGAAUCUGCGCGAUUCUCGGCACGACAUACACGGGCCAGUACGAAGACGUACAGGCCAUCAGUGACCUUCUCAUUGAGAGGGGGCUGGAUACACCUAUCCACGUCGACGCCGCCAGUGGCGGAUUCGUAGCCCCAUUCGUCAACCCGGAUCUGGUGUGGGAUUUCAAAUUGCCCAACGUCGUCUCGAUCAAUGUCUCUGGGCAUAAGUACGGACUUGUCUAUCCCGGCAUCGGCUGGGCCCUCUGGCGAUCACCAGAGUACCUCCCCGAAGAACUUGUCUUCAACAUCGACUAUCUAGGCGCCGAGCAACUAAACUUCACCAUGAACUUCUCCAAACCAGCUUCGCACAUCAUAGCUCAGUACUACCAAUUUAUCCGACUGGGCCGAAGCGGGUACACAAGCAUCAUGAAGAACCUCACGAAAACAGCCGACUUCCUCACCAGCCAGCUGCACGACAUGGGCUUCAUAAUCAUGAGCGAAGGAGGCGGACAUGGUCUACCAGUCGUGGCGUUCAGACUGAGUUCGACGCAGAACGUCUUCUUCGACGAAUGGGCGCUUGCGCGGAAACUGCGCGAAAGGGGGUGGAUCGUGCCUGCCUAUACUAUGGCUGCUGAUUGUGAAACGAUGGGGAUGAUGAGGGCUGUUGUCAGGACGGAUUUCAGUAUGGGACGGUGUGUGAGCUUGGUGCGGGACAUACAAGACUCCUUGGGGGAUUUGGCGGGUUUGGAGAUUCGGAAUAUUCAGCGGUAUCAGGCGUUGGUUCAGAGCUAUGUUUCGAUCUCGAGGAAGAGUUUUGUUCGGGCUUCUUCGAAGAUUGUCAGUCGGGAAAUGGGGGAGAUAGAGAGCAUUUGA